GCUCCACACAGCUCAAGCAGAGGCGAUGAUCCUUUGUCGGUGGACGACCCUUCGGCAAAGCAAGGGGCAGACAAGGCUCCACACAGCUCAAGCAGAGGCGAUGUUCCUUUGUCAAUAGACGACCCUUCGGCAAAGCAAGGGGCAGACAAGGCUCCACACAGCUCAAGCAGAGGCGAUGACCCUUUGUCAAUAGACGACCCUUGGGCAAAGCAAGGGGCAGACAAGGCUCCACACAGCUCAAGCAGAGGCGAUGACCCUUUGUCAAUAGACGACCCUUCGGCAAAGCAAGGGGCAGACAAGGCUCCACACAGCUCAAGCAGAGGCGAUGAUCCUUUGUCAAUAGACGACCCUUGGGCAAAGCAAGGGGCAGACAAGGAGAUAGCGCUGCUCCUCAACGAAGUGGCAGCGGCCGCAAGCGCAGCGGCAGAGGCGCAGUCCAUCGUGGAGUCCCAGGCUACUCCUGAUGCUUCUUCAUUGGCGCAAGAGGUAGCUGCAAGCCAGAAGGAGCCAGCAGCAACAUUGGAGGCCGAGGCUGCCGCACUGCAUGAGCGGAGCCGUGGUUCACAGGAAACAUCUUGCGCCACUGGUUGCUUGGCAGGCCUUUCCUUGUUGGGGCGCCUGGGUCAGUGA